UGUAGGACAUUCCCUUUCCCCCUCGUCUCUUUUCCUCUCAGCAUGGAUCCUCACUCCAACUUUAUUUCGGUGUUUUACUGUUAGUUUGUUCUGCCUUGGGACUGAAGGUCUUCGUCUGGAAUCCAUAACUCAUCUAGACACCAUGUUUACCACCACCGGCUCUCGGGGCCUUUAUAAGGCUCCUCUGUCUAAAGGCCUCCUUUUGGUUCUCAAUGGGCUGACUGUGAUGCUCACCCUGCUGCCACAGUACCAAGAGCUGUUUGUGUACAACCUACAGGCUGUCACUCAGCAGCAUCAGGUGUGGCGGUUGUUGUGUGGCAGGCUGGUCUGUCUAGAUGUGAAGGACUCCUUUUGUAGCAGCCUCCUCAUUUACAACUUCAGAAUCUUUGAGAGGAGGUUUGGCACCAGGAAGUUUGCUUCCUUCCUGUUUGGCACUUGGUGUCUGUCUGCGCUGAUGGACUUCCUGUUGGCCCAAGCUUUCCAGUGGCUAUUUGACUAUGAAGUCGAGGAGCUGCCUGCAGGACUGCUCGCUCCAGUCUUCUCUCUGUUUGUGCCUUUCUACCUGUCAAUCCCCAGGAUGCCAGUCACCCAGGUCCUGGGCCACAUCCACAUCACCAACAAAUCUCUAGUCUACAUAGUAGGCUUGCAGCUUUUGACUUCCAGCCCCUUCAUGUGGCUUCUUGCGCUCAGUGGUCUGAUCUCAGGCGGACUGUACCACUCUAGUGUUCUCCGAUUACAUAAGCUCCUCUUCGUACCUGCCUGGGUGUCUCGUAUUGGACGGUGCAUUUUGGAACCAAUCUUCUCAAGCUCCCAGCCAAGCAGUGAGACACCUCUGGGGAUGGGUGCCACUCUGGACAUCCAGAGGCAGCAGAGGAUGGACCUGCUUGACCAACAGCUGCUGCUGGCCCAGUACAACGAAGCCAGGAGGAGCGCCAGACACCAGCCACAGGCUGGGUUGUUACAGUGGACCAGGUUGUUCCCCUCCUUGAGACACAGAGGACAGAACCGACCACCGAUGCAGCCCCGCCCCCAGGCUCAGACACACCCAUCCACACAGCAACCACUACUGGACAACUCGCCUGUCGCAGAGGAGCAGGUUGCACGGCUGGUGGAAAUGGGCUUUUCCAGGAUUGAUGCCCUCGAGGCUCUCAGAGCUUCAAACAACGACAUCAACAUGGCAACCAACUUCCUCUUGCAACACUGAGAGAGAGAGCGAGCUCAGUGAGGAAAAAACACAGAGGUAAAUGAGGACAGAGACAGAAAGCAGGAAGAGAAGCAACCAAAGCAGAGAAGCAAAAGGCAAAACAGAGAGAAAAUCUUAUGAAAGAAUGAAAAGACAGUGAAUGAAGGAGAACAAGAGAGGAGACAAAAGAAAUUUGUACAGAUAAUCUGCUGUGUCACUGCUCCCUGAAGCGGUGUUAGGCUGACCCGAUCUGAACUGAGCCUGAUAGCAGGCUGAUUAAUGAAGAAGUGUGAAGCACAAAGUGGGAGACAUUUGCGUCAUAGCUUUCUGAUGGUCAUCGUAGUGUGAACCAGGCAUCAUUGCUCAAGGCGAACGAGUUAGACCUCUAACUCAGAGGGGAUCCCUAUGAAAAAUAUACAGAAACCAAACAGGUCAGAGCUUUCCUCACAGUAUCAGAGUCUUCAGCCCAGUGGUGGAAAUGAAACGUGGGAGAUUUCUUUAAAAUAGAACUGGUGCUGAAGCACACAAAUCAGCUGAAAUCCCACACACCCUCCAAAUGGAUACCAACUUAUAGCUAUGUGAAAUAGUUUUCUAUAUAACCCACUGUCAUUUACUGCCGUUCUACUUCCAAAAUGGCUGCUGUGUAACCAGCAUCCUAGACCCUGAUAAGUGGUUAGAGAUGAUAAAUAUAAAUAGAAGAUAAAGAAAAAAGGUGCACAAGGUUUUUGACAAAAUGGAUCAGAGAACAUUUUGUCAUCUGUCAGGUUUCCAUCUCACGUUGUAUAAAAUGUUUUGUUAAGGAUUUGGACAAAUUAUUAUUUUUCACUGAGAAAAAUAAAAUUUUCAUUGCUAAAAUGUUAUAUUUAAUUCCACGAGGAAGUGCAGAGGUCAUGAUUGCAGCUUCAUAAUUUAUGAUUAAUGCACAGUAACAUAUUUUUAUUACAGAGUUGUGUGUUAUUGUUCCUUUAUAUUGGCAGUGGUCCAUGGGAGUAGCAGGGCUCAACCCUUUCCUGCUUGAGAUUUUUAACAAAGCAGUCAGUCUGACUGAUAGCUACUGCGAGAGCCAAAUUUCUUCAGAGCUAACUGGUUUGGCCCAUUUGUAACUCUACAUGUACACUGUCACCGACAGAGAAGGCUGUUUGGCAGGAUAUGAGUUAGAUCGGCAAUCUCAGGGUCUCUGAGGCAACUUCCUCUGUUAAUGACAUAUUCUCAAUUACAGACAUGAAUGCACAGAUACAGAUGCACAGUAGCCUGUCAAGGAGGUCAUGAUUCAUACUCUUGACUGUCUCUUUUAUCAUUUCAUGCUCUCACAUGCAUAUUUACACACUCCUCGGUUUUAUUUAUUCUGUCUUAACUGAGUUUGAGCCUUUUCCCUGCCACUCACACACGUCUGAAUCUUAGCAAGUCUUAAAAGCCCGAUGAUAUUUAUUAUGCAAUAUCGUGACAAGAGAAGUUAAUGGAGACUAUGCACUGCAUAGUAACUACUUUGUGUAUGUAAACGUGCAAACAUUUUGUGCAAGAGAAGAAAUAUUGCAGCCACUAUGUAUUGAUGUCAAAGACAGAUGCUAGUUUUAUAUUUUGUGCAUAAUAAUAUUGAUAAUAUAUGACCACUACGAGUCUGUCAUUUGUGUGUAUGUGUUUUUGAGAGUGAAAUAAUAGUUUAUGGGUGUGAUGAGGGGAGUUGUUGCAUGGACAACUUUCUGAUGAACUGUAAUGAAUCUGUGGAAUAAAUCAACUCGCUGACUAAUUACUUGCUUUGCAUAGGAGGUAUUGUGUAUAAAAGAGGAUGUUUUUGCUUGUGCAUUAGUUUAUAAUCUGCCUUUUCUCACUGCCUGUCAAAGGGUGGGAGAAUAUUUGCCCUCUUAGACUUCCAGAACAGAAAUGCCCACUGAAAAAGUAUUCCUGUAUGUAUUAAUACAACAAACAUACUCUACCUGUAAAUAUCUUUGUGGUAAGAAAAAACUCAUAUAUUUUAAACAAGGACAUCAGCAUCAGCAUGAUGAUUGCUCCUGUUAUUAUGAAAAAAAGUCCACCUGUUAAUGCUAAGUUUCAUCACUAGAUGGAGACAUUGAUUCAGCUCUAUUGUGUUGUUAUUGCCAGCUAACCCUCUGCCACACCCACCCGCUCUGAUUAUUCCAGUGAGCCGACAGCUCCGGCAGACAGUGUUGCUCCAGGAUGGCUGAAUAUCAAUGUAGAGAAAUUAUGCACAUCUUCUUCUUCUAAGAACUGAGAAGCAUUUGGUUUGCCAGCUAUUCUCAGAAACACAAAGGCCAAAAUGGCACUUUGAGCAUGCAAUAUUUUUCAUCUCGCACUUGACAUGUGGCACCUGAAAUCUCAUCUGAAAUUCCACAGACACUAAAGAAACAUGUUUUUGUACUGAAAGGUCUCCUGAGUUCACAGUGACACAAUUCAGUCUUAGCAGCCGUCGGAUCCAGUCGAGCGGUGCAACUUUUAAUGGCUGCUGAACUGAAAAGCAGCUUAACCCAGAGUGAUUAAUAUCGGUGUGUCUCUUUGUGUUUCAGUGUUUAAUUAAAGACAAUGAUUAAAGAAAAAAACUUCACUGACAACCA